GGAGGAGGAGGCGGAGGAGGAGAAGGAGGCGGCGGCGGUGGGUCCCGGGCGGGGGGAGCGCGGCGCUGCGGACCCGGGCGGCUGGCAAAGGACGAGGCGGAGGCUGAGGAAGGCAGCGGGGAGACCCGGGCUGCAGCAACAAAGGGCAGCAAGCGAUUGGCCGGGCUGCGGGCGAGGUCCUGAUUUCCUAAAGAUGUCUUUCACUUGAAGAGUGCUGUCUUUUCCAUUGGUGAACUGUCAACGGUCAACAUUGCCUGGCUGUCCUCCUCAGCUCUUAAGGAUGGCUGUCCCUAAGAUGUUGCCUGACUUGGGCUGGGACCCUCUGCCUGUUUGUUGAAUUGGGAUUUUCGAAUGUGCAGGUUGUGUUAAGUACAAGGAGAACCUCUAUGGGUAACGUCUGUGUUGGAGAAGCCAUUUGUCAACCAUGGUAAAACUUGCAAACCCACUUUACACAGAGUGGAUUCUUGAAGCGGUGCAGAAAAUCAAAAAGCAAAAGCAGCGGCCCUCGGAAGAGCGAAUCUGCCAUGCUGUCAGCACAUCCCACGGGUUGGAUAAGAAGACGGUCUCGGAGCAGCUGGAACUCAGUGUUCAGGAUGGCUCAGUUCUCAAAGUCACCAACAAAGGCCUUGCUUCAUAUAAGGACCCAGACAACCCUGGGCGGUUCUCAUCAGUUAAACCAGUCACUUUCCCCAAGUCAGCCAAGGGCUCCAAAGGACCGUGCAGUGAUCUACGCAAUGUGGAUUGGAACAGACUUCUAAAGAGAGCAAUUGAAGGCCUUGAGGAGCCAAAUGGCUCCUCCUUGAAGAACAUCGAGAAGUAUCUCAGAAAUCAGAGUGAUCUCACAGGCACCACCAACCACCCAGCCUUUCAGCAGAGGCUGCGACUGGGGGCCAAGCGCGCUGUGAACAAUGGGAGGUUACUGAAGGACGGACCACAGUACAGGGUCAAUUAUGGGAGCUCAGAUGGCAAAGGGGUGCCCCAGUACCCCAAUGCUUUUCCAUCCUCACUCCCGCCUGUCAGUCUUCUACCCCACGAGAAAGACCAGCCCCGUGCCGACCCCAUUCCAAUCUGUAGCUUCUGUCUGGGGACUAAGGAGUCCAAUCGUGAGAAGAAACCCGAAGAGCUCCUGUCCUGUGCAGACUGUGGCAGCAGCGGACACCCAUCCUGUUUGAAAUUUUGUCCUGAAUUAACCGCCAAUGUGAAGGCCUUGAGGUGGCAGUGCAUCGAGUGCAAGACAUGCAGCGCAUGCCGGGUCCAGGGCAGAAAUGCAGAUAAUAUGCUUUUUUGUGAUUCCUGUGAUAGAGGAUUCCAUAUGGAGUGUUGUGACCCACCACUUUCCAGAAUGCCAAAAGGGAUGUGGAUUUGCCAAGUCUGCAGACCAAAGAAAAAGGGAAGAAAACUACUCCAUGAGAAAGCCGCACAAAUAAAACGACGAUAUGCAAAACCCAUUGGACGACCGAAAAAUAAAUUAAAGCAACGAUUGUUGUCUGUAACCAGUGAUGAAGGAUCCAUGAAUGCAUUCACAGGAAGGGGGUCACCUGAUACUGAAAUUAAAAUAAGCAUCAAACAAGAAAGUACAGAUGUAAAUGUGAUCGGAAACAAGGAUGUCGUGACUGAAGAGGAUCUGGACGUUUUUAAGCAGGCCCAGGAACUGUCUUGGGAGAAAAUAGAGUGUGAAAGUGGAGUGGAAGACUGUGGUCGGUACCCUUCAGUAAUAGAGUUUGGAAAAUAUGAAAUCCAAACCUGGUACUCCUCGCCUUACCCACAGGAAUAUGCAAGAUUACCAAAGCUUUACCUGUGUGAAUUCUGUCUUAAAUAUAUGAAGAGUAAAAAUAUUUUGCUAAGACACUCAAAAAAGUGUGGAUGGUUUCAUCCUCCAGCGAAUGAAAUUUACCGAAGGAAAGACCUUUCAGUAUUUGAGGUUGAUGGGAAUAUGAGCAAAAUUUAUUGCCAAAACCUUUGCUUGUUAGCCAAGCUCUUCCUGGACCACAAAACCUUGUAUUACGAUGUCGAGCCGUUCCUUUUUUAUGUCCUUACAAAAAAUGAUGGAAAAGGCUGUCAUCUGGUCGGAUACUUCUCUAAGGAAAAGCUUUGCCAGCAGAAGUAUAAUGUCUCCUGCAUAAUGAUCAUGCCCCAGCACCAGAGGCAAGGGUUUGGACGGUUUCUCAUUGAUUUCAGCUAUUUGCUUUCUAGAAGAGAAGGCCAAGCAGGGUCUCCUGAAAAGCCACUUUCCGAUCUUGGCCGUCUCUCCUACCUGGCCUACUGGAAAAGUGUCAUCUUGGAAUAUCUCUACCACCACCACGAGAGGCAUAUCAGCAUCAAGGCCAUUAGCAGAGCCACAGGCAUGUGCCCACACGAUAUCGCCACCACUCUGCAGCACCUCCACAUGAUCGACAGGAGAGAUGGCAGGUUUGUAAUCAUUAGAAGGGAAAAGUUGAUAUUGGGCCAUAUGGAAAAGCUGAGAAACUGUUCCAGAAGUAAUGAACUCGAUCCAGAGAGUCUGAGGUGGACCCCCAUUUUAAUUUCUAAUGCUGUGGUUUCUGAAGAAGAGCGGGAAGCUGAAAAGGAGGCGGAACGACUAAUGGAACAAGCCAGCUGCUGGGAAAAGGAGGAGCAAGAGACCCUGUCAUCUAGAGUUAACAGUAGGCAAUCACCUGCAAAAGUACACUCCAAAAAUAAAUACUUGCAUUCUCCAGAGAGGCGGCCAGUGGCCGGGGACCGAGGACAGCUGUUAGAGCUGUCCAAAGAGAGUAGUGAGGAAGAGGAGGACGACGAAGAGGACGAGGAGGAAGAGGAGGAAGAGGACGAAGAUGAGGAAGAGGAAGAGAACAUUCAGACGUCUCCCCCACGGCUGACCAAACCACAGUCAGUUUCCAUUAAGAGAAAGAGGCCUUCUGUAGUAAAGAAGAAAAGGGGUCGUAAACGCAGAAGGAUCAACAGCAGUGUAACCACCGAGACCAUUUCCGAGACAACGGAAGUCCUGAAUGAGCCCUUUGACCACUCAGAUGAAGAGAGGCCAAUGCCGCAGCUGGAGCCUACCUGUGAGAUCCAGGUGGAGGAAGAGGGCAGGAGGCCAGUUCUGAGAAAAGCAUUCCAACAUCAGCCGGGGAAGAAAAGGCAGGCAGAGGAAGAGGAAGGAAAAGACAAUCAUUUCUUCAAGAAUGCUGCCCUUUGUAGAAACAAUGUGGAUGAUAAUGCAGAAAACUUGAAAGAAGGCAGCAAAGACAAUCCUGAACCUCUAAAGUGCAAACAAGUCUGGUCGAAAGGGACAAAGCGAAGCCUCUCCAAGUGGAAGCAAAGCAAGGAGAGGAAGACGGGCUUCAAACUGAAUCUGUACACCCCACCAGAGACGCCCAUGGAGCCAGAUGACCAGGUGACCGUCGAGGAGCAGAAGGAGGUCUCAGAAGUCAAGGACAGUCCUGUGGGAACAGAGCGGGAGGUGACGGAGAGCAUGGAAACCCUGCUACCGCAGGACGGGAAGAGAAGGGAGGAGACAGGCGCACCUGUGAGUCCCUGUAAAUCACCAGGUAAAAAGGUAGAUGAGGAGGACCCCAUCAAAGGUGAGGAGGAGGAGGACGAAGAGGAGGAGGAGGGAGAGCGGGAGGAGGAGGAGGAGGAAGGAACUGCAGAAAAAGACCAAGAUGGUGCUCAAAGUAAAGGAAAAGAGGAACCAGAAAUCUCCAUGGAAAAGGAAGCCCCCGUGCAUUUGGAUGAUCACGAGGAGGAGGAGGAAGAGGAGGAAGAGCCAUCUCACAAUGAGGACCAUGACGCAGAUGACGAAGAUGACAGUCACAUGGAGUCCGCCGACAUGGAGAGGGGUGACCUUCCAAAAGAAGCCUUCAAGGAUGCGCUAGAGAGCCAGGAAGCUUUUUUAGACCUUAGUGUCCAGCCGAGUCACUCCAGCCCUGAGGUCCUGAUGGACUGCGGCGUUGGCCUUGCAGUUUCGUGUGACAGUGAGCCGAAGGAGCUUGCUGGGGACCCUGGAACUGCGCCUGAGUCUGAUGAGGACCCCUCAGAAGAACAGACACAGAAGCAGGACCAGAAUAACAGUGAUGGCGUCGAUGCUGAGCUCAAAGAGGGAGGCACAGCCCCUGUGGAAAUUGACUCGGAGACCGCCCAAGCUGUCCAGUCUUUGACCCAAGAAAACAGGGAACACGAUGACACCUUUCAGGAUUGUGCCGAGACACAAGAGGCCUGUAGAAGCCUGCAGAACUAUACACAUACAGACCAAAGUCCUCAGAUUGCCACCACUCUGGACGAAUGCCAGCAGUCAGACCACAGCCCGGUUUCGUCCGUCCAUUCCCAUCCCAGCCAGUCAGUCCGUUCUGUCAACAGCCCCAACGUCCCCGCCCUAGAGAAUAGCUAUGCCCAAAUCAGUCCUGAUCAGACCGCUAUCACAGUGCCACCUCUGCAGAGCAUGGAGACCAGUCCCAUGAUGGACGUCCCGUCAGUCUCAGAUCACUCACAGCAAGUCGUGGACAGUGGCUUCAGCGACCUGGGCAGUAUCGAGAGCACUACCGAGAACUAUGAAAACCCCAGCAGCUACGACUCAGCCCUGGGAGGAAGCAUCUGUGCCAACAGCUCCUCCCAGAACAGCUGCCCCUACAGCAGCCUCACCUCUAGCAACCUGACCCAGAGCAGCUGUGCCGUCACCCAGCAGAUGUCCAACAUCAGCGGGAGCUGCAGCAUGCUGCAGCAGACCAGUAUCAGCUCCCCUCCGACCUGCAGUGUCAAGUCCCCCCAAGGCUGUGUGGUGGAGAGGCCUCCCAGCAGCAGCCAGCAGCUAGCUCAGUGCAGCAUGGCCGCCAACUUCACCCCACCCAUGCAGCUGGCUGACAUCCCUGAGACCAGCAAUGCCAACAUUGGCUUAUAUGAGCGAAUGGGUCAAAGUGAUUUUGGGGCUGGGCACUACCCACAGCCAUCUGCCACCUUCAGCCUUGCCAAACUGCAGCAGUUAACUAAUACACUUAUUGACCAUUCAUUGCCUUACAGCCAUUCCGCUGCUGUGACUUCCUAUGCAAACAGUGCCUCUUUGUCCACACCACUAAGUAACACAGGGCUUGUUCAGCUUUCUCAGUCUCCACACUCCGUCCCCGGGGGAACCCAAGCACAAGCUACCAUGACCCCGCCCCCUAACCUGACUCCUCCUCCCAUGAAUCUGCCGCCACCUCUCUUGCAGCGGAACAUGGCUGCUUCAAAUAUUGGCAUCUCCCACAGCCAAAGACUGCAAACUCAGAUUGCCAGCAAGGGCCACGUCUCCAUGAGAACCAAGUCAGCGUCUCUGUCACCAGCCGCUGCCCCCCAUCAGUCACAGAUCUAUGGGCGUUCCCAGACUGUAGCCAUGCAGGGUCCUGCACGGACUUUGACAAUGCAGAGAGGCAUGAACAUGAGUGUAAACUUGAUGCCAGCGCCAGCCUACAAUGUCAACUCUGUGAACAUGAACAUGAAUACUCUCAAUGCCAUGAAUGGGUACAGUAUGUCCCAGCCAAUGAUGAACAGUGGCUACCACAGCAACCAUGGCUACAUGAAUCAAACACCCCAGUACCCUAUGCAGAUGCAGAUGGGCAUGAUGGGAACCCAGCCAUAUGCCCAGCAGCCAAUGCAGACCCCACCCCACAGUAACAUGAUGUACACGGCCCCCGGACACCAUGGCUACAUGAACACAGGCAUGUCCAAACAGUCUCUCAAUGGGUCCUACAUGAGAAGGUAGGCAGCCCGGCAGCCCACAGAUCGCACUGGGCCGCACUGUUGGAUUGAUCUGCACAAAUACCUUUGAAGAGUACGAUUUCAAAACCAGCAUUGGUGUGAAUGCAAAAACAUUGCUGGCACCAUUUAUUUAAAAAAAGAAAAAAAAAAAGCUGUAUGCAGCAGAAAGCCUUAUACAAGUUGUUUUUCUUUUUUCCUUUUUUCUUUUUUGGUACCUUGGUUUCUGUUACUUUUAUAUAAAAUUCUCUGUAAAGGAAGGUCUCCCUUAGGACUACAGCUUGGCAGCAGCCACUCUUUGUGCCUGCUUCCAUUAAACAGUGUGGAUACAAGCCCCUCCUCAAGUCACCUGUUUUGAUAUUGAAUCUGGAUCUUUUUCCUUCCUGUCCACUCCAUGUAAAUGCCUUUAGCAUUUCAAUUACUGUAUAUUUUGUUUAAGGUGACACUUCAGCAUGCCGCUAAUGUCUUUGUUAGUGACAGUGCAUUUUGUAGUACUGUACAAGUGUUGUGCUAACGGUAAGCCAUUUCUUAAGUUUUUUGCCUUGAUUAGGGUACCCUAAUUUGAGGGUUUUAAAAAAAAAAAACUCUAUUUUUGUUAAUUAUAAAACUGUAAAGAGCUAUCAGAGCUACCCCAUCUGGCUAGUCAAGGGGGGUAUUGCUAAACGUUUGCUGUAAAGUUGAGACCUUUUCCAUUUUGGUGGCAGGUUCCUUUGGGGAAAGGCAGCUUUCUGUUUUAUAAAUGCACACUUCUGUUUAUUGAAUGAAGCAUAUCUCAGUGUUUAUCUGUCAGGUUUUGAAGCAUUUCAUAUAUGUCCAAAUACUUGGCAGGAUUUAAAAAAAAAAUAGUGAAUUUGGUGUAAAGUUGCUAUUUUAUGGAAAUGCCUCUAACUUUACAUUUUCAUUCCAUCUGUAGAUUUUUCUAUCUUUAUAAAAUAUUGGAGUUAUUUUUUAAGGAAAAAUAGAAAAGUAGCUUGUGAAUAGCUCAAACUAAGCUUACAAAUCGCAUGUCAAAAAGCAGAAAGGUUAUUUGUGUCUGUUUAUAUUAUUGCUUCCUUUUGUAGCCUUUGUACCUAUCCAGGUGACAGUGCGGGCCAAGCAGAGGUGUGACCUUGUAUAAGAUAGGAUCCAGAUCACUCUCGUGUUUAUCUGUUCUCUUUUCAGUCAGUUACUUCAAAAAAAGAAGAAAAGACAAAAAAAGCUGUACAUUUUAACAUAAAAUAAAUUAUGAUGAGCCAUUUUUAGCCUCUUGUGUCCUGUCAUAUUAUGAUUGAUGGAGAAUGGCCAGCUGAACUGUUAUCCUGUGUGUCACAUCUCGGAACACAUACACAUUGGGGAAAUAAAUUAUUUAGUGUAAAUUGGAGUUAGGGGAUUUUUCUGAUUUGUUUUGACUUUGGGGGAGGGGUUGGCAAUAAAUAAGAGUAAUAUCUAAUAAAACCAUCACAUAUACCAAAUACCUAUUUAAUAAAUUAAUUUAUAAUGGAUUUUAAUGCUUUUCAUGAAAGUUUACUUUAUGCUAGUGCAUACCUUCUGUAUGCCAAUUAUUGUCUUUAAAAAUAAAGUGAGUUUGUUUUUUUCUUUU